ACACCUUCACAGGUUGGCGUGAGAAAAAAACACAAAACAAAACAAAAUUCAGAGGCAUCUGAAUUCGAAUUCUCGACUAUUUAUACUUUAACAACCACCAGCGACGGCCGGGAAUUGUGCGUCGCGAAGCCAGGAUUCGAGUGGACACCACCAGCCUUCAUUUGGCUUCCAAAAACAAAGAGAACCCGAGCCCUAGAAGCAAAACAGCGAUUUGCGUCUCAAACUUUUCGUGAGACAGGUUGAAAUAUUUUGCGGAAUUACAGCCGCUAAAUAAAUCCGUGAAUUUCGCCGUUAAGACGACAUCUCGAGAUGGUGGAACCUAUUUUCGAGUAUCAAUUCCGACUGAUUUUAAUCGGCGACAGCACCGUGGGCAAGAGUUCGCUGCUCAAAUUCUUCACAGACGGCAAAUUCGCCGAGUUAUCUGAUCCCACAGUUGGCGUCGACUUCUUCGCCCGCCUUAUCGAGAUGAAGGACGGCACACAGAUCAAGCUCCAGCUGUGGGACACCGCUGGCCAGGAGCGUUUCCGUUCGAUCACCAAGUCCUACUACCGCAACUCGGUGGGCGUGCUGCUGGUCUACGACAUAUCGAAUCAUGCGAGCUUCGAGCAUAUACCACUGUGGAUGAUGGAGGCACAGCGUCACAUCGAGCCCCACCGCCCUGUUUUUGCGUUGGUCGGCUGCAAACUGGACCUCAUCAAUGCGGGCGGCCAUCGUGAGGUGUCCACGGAGGAGGCGCAAAAGUUUGCCAAACAACACGGUCUGCAUUUCGUCGAGACAUCGGCCCGCUCCGGGGCCAAUGUGGAGGAGGCCUUUCGCAUGGUCACCCAGGAGGUGUACGCCCGCAUUCGAUCCGGCGAAUACAAGGCCGAGGACGGCUGGGAUGGCAUCAAGUCCGGCUUCUCGCGGCCCAAUAGUCUGGACUUCAAUCUCUUCGUGGCCGAGCCGGAAAAGUCAUCCUGUUGUUGAUUGCCCCCCCGACUUUUCCCAAUUAUUAUUUUCAAUACUGUUUGUGUACAUUGGUUUGUAACGUACGCCCCUUAACCACAAACCCUGUCCCCAAAAAAACACUACUUUGUUGACACUUUUAAUCUUGUUUAAAUCGCCUAGUUAAGCUGUAAAACCAAAUCAGUUACGUAUAUUUGUACAAUGCGUUUUUUUUCUAGUUACUUUUAGUUUUGUUCCUAAGUUAACUUUUAGUUAGGUGACUCAUGGAAAUUAGUGAAUAUUUAGUUCGGCCCCCUCUUUCCAAAAUAAGUUUAUUUCGUCCCUAUGAUUGGCAACGAGUCACUCGAUAAAUACGUAGCCAAGUUUCUGUGCUCCUAACUCAUACAACACAUAACUCCACAUACACGAAUGGAAAAGCUAUACAUAUACUUGAAAUAUAAACGUUUUUAUUAAUACGAA